UCAUGUUGGAAGAGCCCUAUCAUAACAUUCCCCAGGACACACAAAAGGAAGUGCAGCUGUCCUUCAAAAGUGAACUUGAUAAGAACCUGACACAUAUGUGUGUGCACAACAGCCUGACACAGUUAGUCCCUGCUGCAGCUGUCUCAUAAAACAAGGGCCGAAUCUCUAUCAAGCUCCAAUGCUAAGGUGAUAAAACGGUUGUAAACGACAGGCUAAUAGCUCUAUGAUAAAGCAGAACCACAUUCCUGAGUGAUAAACAGAGACUUCAUCUUAAAGACUGAGGACGACCCCAUCUACAGACAAUACCAGGGCUACAGUUGCAUCUAUCUCCGACAACCCACAGGCAGCCGUGACGGCACACGCUACACAGGGAUCAGCGCACAUGCAUCUUGUGAUGAGGAAGUAGUUGACAAUGAUGCCGCCGUCACCUUCAAGGUAUCUGAAUCAAGCUGGUCUGUUCUGACUCAUUCUCAACAAGAGAGAUAAUGGCUCCUUGUUAGUGCAUUCAAUAUUGUCUGUAAACCGGCCUAUUGAUUUAAGAGUCUGUUUUGGACUCUCUGGAGCGUAUUAUUUGCUGAUGUGACGAGUGCAGGAAAUCUUACUACUGCAGUUGAUUACAAAAGUUGUCAUAAAGCUACAUCGUGGGACGAGGAUUCUGACUUCAAAAGAAUUGGCAGGAAGAGGAAGAAGACGCAAGAUGGCGGACGAUUGGAGACUGUGCGUUGAGUGGCUCGUCAGGUGCCAGAUUUUACCAGAAGACCACAAAGCCACACGAUCUGAUGCAAAUGCCUUUGAUUUAGCACAAGCUCUCCGAGAUGGAUCUCUAAUUUGCCAUUUGCUAAAUCAACUAUAUCCUUCAAGCGUCGAUCUGAAAGAAUUCAGCCCGCGUCCUCAAAUGUCGCAGUUUUUGUGCAUGAAGAAUAUUCGCACAUUUCUGCAGACAUGCAAAAAACCUUUUGGAUUACAUGAUAUGCAGCUGUUCCAGCCGCAGGACCUGUUUGAUGUGAAGGACUUCCGAAAGGUUCUGGAGACAAUGUCAGUAUUGUCCAAAACUGACAUAGCACGACGAAAAACAAGCGGAUUCCCCCCGGAUAGUCAGGCCCAGUCAAAUCAUUACACCGAUGAUCCUGACAACAUCUAUGGAGAGUUACCUGACAUGGCAGUUGAGAACGACCUCGAGGACACAGAAGAGCUGUAUGACUGUGUGUACCAGGAUGAGGAGGACAAGAUCUAUGAUGACCUGUGUGGACUGCAAAGGGAGGAGCCACAGAAAUCACAACCUGUGCCACUGACCAAGCGUGACCACUGUAUUAAGGAGAUGCUGGACACAGAGAAGAACUAUGUGGAUGCCCUCACCAUGGUCAACCAGCAUUUCAUCAAGCCCCUACAUGCCUUUAUUGCCACACAAGACAGAGAAGUGGUCUUUGCCCACAUAGAGGAGCUCCUGAUUGUCCACCGAUCAUUCUCCGCCGAUCUGCUACGUGCUGUCGAGACAGGCAACCCCACCAUCAGCAGCGUCUUCGUCAACUACAAGAAGAAGCUGCUCAUCUAUGGAGAUUUCUGUUCCAACCUCCCAGCAGCUCAAGAAAUGAUUGACAAAGUCUGUGAGAAUGAUGUCAUCCGAAAUAAAAUAAUGGAAUGUGAACGGAAAGCCAACGAGGGCAAGUUUAGGUUGCGGGACUUGCUCCAUGUGCCAAUGCAGAGAGUGCUCAAGUACCACUUGCUGUUGAGGGAACUCAUAAAGAACACAGACAAGUCAAACCCUGAGAGAAUAGACCUAGAAAAAGGCUUGGAGGCCAUGCAGGAUCUCUCCCUAUAUGUGAAUGAAGUGAAGAGAGACCACGAAGCUCUACAGCUCAUCGAUGAGAUACAGAAUAGCAUUGUUGAUCUGCGUAUGCAUUUGGCGAAGCUAGCAGGACAAAGGCCCACGGAGCCUGCAAAUACAUCACUGAAGGACUAUGGUCGCUUCCAGAAAGACGGGGAGUUGAAAGUGUUGUCCCAUAUGGACAGUCGAGUCCGGAACAGGGGGGCUGCAGAGAAAAGGCACAUUUUCCUCUUUGACAAGGUGAUGCUUAUGUGCAAGGCUCGGAUGGUGGAGAAAUUCCUAUGGGGCGAGACCUACAGCUUCAAGGAUGCCAUCGUCUUGGGCGAGUACAAAGUAGACGACAGCAGUGUGCCAAAUGACAAGAGAACUGACAAGUGGAACUGCCCCUUCAUCAUGGUGCAGAAGAGUCAGAAGAUGGCCUUCACUUUCUUCGCUAAGACAGAAGACGCACGGCAGAAAUGGAUCGAGGCUAUACAGAUGGCACUAGAGAACACUCAGCCGUCAGCGGGCCCCAACUAUGUGAUGCAGACGUUUGAGAAACCCCGUGAAUGUGAUGUGUGUGGCAAGCUCCUCAGGGGAGUCUUCUUCCAAGGCUACAUUUGUCAAGACACAAAGAAAGCUGUGCAUAAAGAAUGCAUAGGCAAGAAACCUGAUAUUAAACCUUUGUCACCGAGACCGCCCAGGCCAUCACCGCAAGGAGUCACCAAAGCUCGAACCACCACUGCCUACACGGGAACGCCGCCUCCUAAUGGGCACCGAGCACUCACCUUCAAGACGGGAGAGACAAUCGAUGUUGUCGACCAAUCAGAUAAAACAUGGUGGAAGGGUCGUCAUCAGGGCCAGGAGGGCUUCUUCCCUGCAAGCUAUGUACAAGUAUCUCGGAUCGCACGGAAAGACUCGUACUUGGACGUGACGUUUCCCAAUAGGUCCUCCAACCCACAGCUAUCAGACACACCUUCCUCACCACCAUCUGGCAACUCAACACAUUCCUAUGUUAAUGUCACUGAACUCAAAGAAAAACCAUGGUACGUGGAUGAGAUGGACCGAGAUGCAGCGCAGGCCAUGCUUGACCAGUGUCCAGAUGGAACCUUCCUCAUCCGCAAGUCCAUCAGCAGAAUACGCUUGGGAGCGUACUCUCUCAGUAUUAAGUACGCCAAUGCAGUGAGGCACAUCAAGGUGAACCAGAAUGCUGAAUCCAAGUUCUUCUUGGCAGAGGGGCGCUACUUCGAUUCUGUCCCGAGACUCGUUUCACACUACCAACAGAACUCGUUGCGGGACAGCUUCCCCGAUGUCAACACAACACUCAGAAUACCCAUCCGGAAUGUCAACAAUGAAGGAGGUGGGACUCCAUCCGCUUGCCGUGUCUCAAAUCCCCGAAUUCUAGGCUACGCUAUUGCCGUGUACGACUAUGCAGCUACAUCGACCACACAAGUGAGCUUGAAGUCUAACGACCGGAUUGCAGUCAUCAGCAAGAACGGCAGUGACAAGGGGUGGUGGAAGGGGCAGAACUUACGGUCACUCAAGAUUGGUUACUUCCCCUUGGCAUAUGUUGCAGACGACGACGAAUAAUCGUAACCAUAGCAACAGAUUUUAAUGUUAUUUCAAAUAUGUACAGCUUCAUAUGGUGCAAAGUUUCCCUAAAGGGGAAAAGACUUAUUUUUUGUGACAGACUGCACAUUCAUCGCUCAUGUUUUGAUCGGACUCAACAGACCUUCUGCUCUACUGAGAAAAGUGUGAUAGUGGAGGAAGCAGUCACAGCUCUUACUUAAAACAUACCUGUGUCCAUUCAGCUUUGCUCAAGUUGUAGUUAAGUCCUAUAUGUUUAUUCACACUUGUACAUGGGAUGUUUGAUAAGUAUGUAUGUAUGUUUUAUUAAUUGGUUUACAAAACAAUUGGCCUGAAAUUCAGUGUAGGUGGUCGAAAAAGAAACAUAAAAUUUCAAGAUAAGUACUGCUGUUAAUGAAUGUAAAACAAGGAAGUUUUGACAUGGCAAGAUACUAAAAGAUAAUUGAUUGUUUUGGAUUUUUUAAAUAGAUUUCAUAUGUAUCAGUCACCAUCUCUUAUGAAUUUUGGUGAUAAGAUCUUUGUUUCCAUUUUACCUAACUGUGAAACGUAAUUUUUCUUUUCUAAUUUCAAGUGUGUUUUUUUCCGUUUGAUCACGUAAACCAAAUAUAAAAGCUGUAAGGACUAAGCAACAUCUGUUAAAUAGAACAUCACUCUAUCAAUUAUUCAGAUAAAAACAAUAAUUGUUUGCAUCAAACAAAAUUAAGGGGACCUUGAGGUUUGCUUCUGUAGUACAUGGACCUAGGGAACCCCUCACUCUCAGAUACAUUAGAGUUAUGUCCCCUUGACUUUCAGUGGUUAAUGUUUGUGGACAAUAUGUAUUGAAAUAUCCAUGGUUAAAUUGUAUCCAUUCUGUUAGUUUUACGAACAAACGAUGGUGUGCCAUCACUAAAUGGCAUCAGCAUGUAGGCUAUGUGUAGCGAGUCCACUCAUCUCUACACCAUAUUUACAGUAUUAUGUAGCCUGCUUAGUGUGUCCCGGCAGAGAUGAAGAUGUACACAGUUCAUGAGUCUGCUGUUUCAUCCUGUAGAUAGCUCAUCCUCCUCCGUUUUAUAUCAUUGGUGUUGGUAUGUGUAACACUUUGUUUUACAUUGAGAAGCAUGUAUGCACAGCCUUGAAUACUGUAAUGAACAAGUCCUCAUCCUGGUGGUCAUUACGAGUUAUACGUGUAUAUAUCCAUGUCAGCUUCAGAGUGUGUGCUUAACUUCAGCCUUUAAGCAAUGUGAUAAAACAGAUCUGUCCCUGGCUAGGGGAUUUGUGUUGAUAACACCCGGCUCCAUCAUGUAUCAUAGAUUGGGUGGAGUAUUUCACCAUGUUUGAACACUUAUUAUAGUCAUAGAUGCCUAUUUUGCUAUGAAAUUAUUUUACAGCAGUACUAGUGGUUCUGCUAAACUGCUCAUGUCCAACAACUAUUUACUUAGGGGUUGUUCCUGGGUGUUCUUAGCACUGUGGCUCUAAGAACUUCUUGGUAAUGAUUUGAUUCAGAGCUGGGAUGACUUCAUGGAUGUGAGGCCCUUGGUAUUUCAGUCAGCAGUUAUUGUGGUAGUCAUUCUGGGAUUCGUUGCUUUCUCAGCAGUUAUUGUGGUUGGAGAUCUGUACUUGGAUUCCUGGGCCAUACAGGGCCAUGGUUGCCAUGUUCAUCAGGACAGGUCGAUUGGGGAUCGGGUGGUCACAAUGGUUCCUGAGCAGGAGUACAUUUUAAAUGUGUGAUCCAGAAAGAUCAACUUUCAGUCACAACCUGGCUGUAGGUGACCACUGUUGACCAUUUGUUUGUCUGGUCCAGACUUGAUAUGUCUGCUGACCGAUACAUCUGCUGACUAUGGAGACUUUUUUUCCCUCACUCACACAGUAACAGCACAACCUGACAAGGAUGCCAUAACAUGGAUAUAACACAGACCAGUGACUACAGUGUACCCCUACUGGUCAGACUUAGUUAGGUGGCUUAUAAUAAGCCUGUGUGCUGGCCUGGACUCUGCUUCUCAAAGACAGUUUUAGCUCCUAAAUGAAUGAUUAGUUCAAGGUAUUUCUCAAGCCAUUUUGAGGACAGUAACAGGGCUUUGCAAACAAACAGCCAAGGGAGAUUUGUUUCAUGGGGAGUAGUCCCUUGUAUGGGACCCAGUGUUGCAGAUCAAUGCAAUGACUGCUUUAGCGAUCAUUCCUAUUCCUACAAUAAUUGUCAGAGCUCUGAUCACUUGGUUAAAGGUUCACAUGACAUAAACAGUGCUAAGAUCACUCUGAGCACUUUACUGAGGAAAUAUACAGUUAAUUUAUGUUGCAUGUUAAAUGUUGAUGGGGUUUAAUAUUUUUAUCAACCAUCAGUUAUUCAAUGCAAAUUCGUGUACAGAUAUUCUUGAACUGAGGUUUAUAUGAAGUUGUAUAUAGUUGUGUAAGAUUAAUCAUAAUAUGUUGUAAUAACUAACCAUUAGGACCACCACCAGAGGGCCAACGUUGUCACGUUUAUCCAACAUGUAGAAUAUUGUUUGUUUCAACUUCUUAUUCCCAUAAAAUAGCUGGUCAUUUAUCAUAGGGGUAGCAUGGUCGGAGUGAAUCGUGAAGGGCCGUAACGAAGUACAUAUUUGGAGCUAGACAUUAUCAGAAAUAUAAAAAAACGCUUGCUGUUAUAUGAUUGGUAAUAUUUGUUUGAUGUUCAUCAUUUUUUAUGUCAUCUUGGAAAGGGUCAUAAAAAAUGGACAAACAAAAUAUAACAUUUACAUCUUUGUUUUCUUGACAAUCAUGAAUGAAUCGAUCGCUUCGCAAGCCCCUAUCAUUAAUGAUCAGUCUGAGAGCAAUACAAUGUUUCUGACUUGUGUUUCUAAUCAGCAUGAGGUGAAUGAUUUAGCUGCUUCUGUCUUAUUGUUUCCCAACAGAUCUUCGAUGGCAGUCUUAGGAAGGUCGAGUAGAAGUCUGUGAUGGUAUCAGUAGAUGUAGAAGUUAUGUCUUUUGCAGAGAUGCGAUAAUACAGGGGGCUAGAUUCUCUUAACUGUUGUGAUAAAACUAAGGUAUGAUUUCUGUAAGAGAAGUAGUAUUUUAUGUAUUCAGAUUUUUAAAUAAAUUAUAUACUUUACAAAAUGAUUUAUGUAUAUAAAAGUGUAUAUAUGAAACAAAAUUAUUUCAUCUUGGUGGUUCUGUUGUACACUGAAAACAGUGACAUUCAAGGAGAAGAUUGAAUCAUGAAUAUCAACUUACUUCACAACCUCAUUGAAAUCAGAUCUUAGUGCUCAAUACCACUACACCGAGCGAGCACUAAGAUCUGAUUUGAGUGAGAUUGAUUACUUAAGAUGUGAAAGAAAUAUUGGUUUACAGUCCUUUCAGACACAUUUAGCUUAUUUUCAGCUUGUGAUGAAUUAAUGUUCAUGAUAUUGUUUUUCAUAUCGCUGACAUUAUCUUGCUAACUCAAUCGAAUUACAAUGUGAAACACUUAUACUUAUUUAUGUUUUUAUCAUUCAUAUUUGGGUUUUUGCUUGAAAGUAUUAUAAACUUGGUUUGUGGUUAAGAUAAAGGACCUAAUAUUAAACACGUCAAUAACACUUUGUUAGGCCAGGAUCUGCUGGUGAUGGGUUUGAAUCCCAGGUUGCUCUGAACGAUCCUUGGUGUGCCAGUCACUUACCCAGGCUGGAGGGUUUCAGGUUGGAUGGCCUCAGUCCAACAUCGCUUUGGGCUUUCUUCAUUAUUAAGCUGAACUAUUGUUCAAAGUGGUUUUAAGCCACUGAUUCGCUGAUGUCACACAAGAUAGGAUGUGAAUGGUGUUGCUACUAUGGUGUGAAUGGUGAGAUAUUAGUGUACAGAGCUUUGUGAGCAGAGUUAAAAUGUAAGAAAUGUGUUUUAUGAUUUCAGUACAGAGUGUGGUAAUGUUUGUACACCAUGCUGUCGAUGACAUGAUUUGCUGAAUGUGUACGUGGGAUUUAUCAUGAUAUGCAACAUUUUGCAGGGAGUUUUGUUUUAGCCAUAUUUGAUAAGUCUCUUUCUGAAAUGUUGAACAUUGUUUUUAUUCUAUUAGGAGUAGUUUAUUUCAGAAGUUUCGGCCGUGUUUCGCAGUCAUUCAUUUUUGGUCAAUGUUUAUCAGUAUUAUGUAUAUUUAGUUUCUGAGUAUGUUUUCUGAAAGAAAAGACUUUUGUUAAUGUUUCAAAAUUAGUUCCUGACAUUUUUCAGUUUCUCCUAAUGAGGAUUGGAUGGUUUUAUUCUCCAUCAAGAUUAGUAGUGUCAGCAUGAUCUUGAAGUGCCGGAGUCAAUUAGUUCUUGUUAUAUUUUCCUAAAAACUCAUAUCAUUAUGUUAGAAUUUGUGAAAAUCUUCACGACAUAUUUUUUUAACCACACUUUCAGUUUCUUAAACUUUUGUUAUAUGGAGUCAAUUCUUUAGUUUCUAUUUUUCAAAUGCAUGUGUAUGUGAAACAAAUGAUAUUAACCAAUAUUUUGAUGUGCCAAUUUUGUAGUUUUCUACGUUAAAGCUACUAGCUGUCAAGCUUGAUGUACUCUUGCUGUGUGAUUGUGUCAACUGAAUUCAGAUUCAUGUUUUAUCAUAGUUAUUAUUGUUAUUAUUUUGUAUAGAUCUACUUGGCCAGUGUGUUGUUGAACAAAAGUGUGGCAGACUUUCAUUAUGUUGGAGCUGUAGAGAAAUCAGUCUUGCAAAGAUUUACCCCUGAAGUCCCACGCAGGUCAAAUGUCGUACUUAAAAGAGGGGCAGUGAUGAUUAACAAGGAUGCAGCACGAUACAACUAUUGAAUUCUGAGAUUACAUAUCAGUACGAAAUUAUUCAAUUUUAAAGAAGUGUUAGUAAAAUGGCAUAAAGAUGAACGUAUGGUACUACUUUCUGACAUUACAUGUAACAGUUCCCAAGCCAGUUUGAUUAACCCAAAAAUAACAAAUUUUAUCUAUUCAUUAUCUUUAUGAUCAGAUACAGCUCUGUAACAUGUCAACUGGUGAGAUAUUGUAUACUGUAUAGGUUCUUGUACUUCGACAGUACAGUGAGAUAUUUGUCGUAUCUUAUGUAGUGUGUAUCAUUACUAGUGAGAUAUGUAUCGUAUCGCGACAAAGUGUUUCGUUACAGCCCUGUUAAAAUGAGCCAAUAGACUGAGGUUACCAUGGUUACAUCACUGUAUUUAAAUGUGAGGUAAUAUCAAUGUACAGAAUUUGCAUAAUCUCAGAACUAUUUGUAAAUAUGAAUCAGUAUCAAUAAUAGUCCUAGAUUUAUAUAAUAAACUCAAAAGUAGAGGAUUUCACACUAUCAGAUGAUUUCCCUCUCUGUACUUUGUGAUAGUUGUACAUUUGUAUGUCCUUUAAUUAUGCAAGUAGAGUUUCAAACCGACCCACAUUGUAAGCACGUCUGUAUCAAUUGUUUGGGUUGGUGUUCAUCUAAUUUCCUUCUUUUGUCAUAUUCGUUUUUGUGUACCGAACAAUAGACGUCAACUUUUGACAAACUUUUAAUGGUAUACAUAUUUUUUCAAUAACAUAUUUUUUAAUAAUUAUAACAAUCUGUUAAAGUUGCGACAUCAUAGCUGCAUAUGGCACGAUUUCUAUCAUUUUCUUUAAACUACUAUUUUUUUACUUGCUCUGAUCAAAAACAAUCUCCUGCCCAGAGUUCUUGCGGUUUAACCUGGUACCUCUGCCACAGGCAAGCCAGAUGUGAUGACUUGUCACAUCUUACCCAGUCCAUUCAAUAAUUUACAUAAGCUUUUCGUCCAAUUUUAAAAGUACACAUUUAGAUAAACAUAUGUCAUGAAAUUGUUAGCUUUCAUUGAGAAAAUAUGACAAAACAUGAAAAACUAUUUCCAUUGCGUAUUAAUUCUAGUUUAGGUUGUACAGUCCCACGUGCAGACAUGGAAGCCCUACAGCUAGCUAGUAGUACGGUCAUUUUGAUAUGUACAGACGUACUCUCCCACUCCUCACUGGCGCAGUUGUAGUAGCAUAUCUUUAAAAUUGGGAAAAACAUUCUGUAAGUCAUAUUGAAACGCUUCCACUAGGCUGGUCAGAAUUUAGAAUUAGGGCAUUUAUUAUCAAACAAGAGAUAAACCUGGUCACGUGAUACAAGAAUUAGCCUGUGACAGUAGUGCUAAACCAUCACUUCACCCGAGUGUGGAUACAAAAUUCAAUCCAAUGUUUUUAAAACUGCAUCCUAAUCACAAUCUCGUACCAGGUAUCAGCAGAUAAUCAGGAUUCUACCUGUCAUGUGCACACCUAUUUUACUAAGCUCCUCACAGUGACACCAUGUUAUGCAGCAUGUACAGAGUCUGAUUCGUCACCAGCUUGCACGGAGCUUGGUCUUUCUUACAGAUUCUUUCUGGUUUAUUUUGUUGUGAAAUCUUUAGAUAUGUUGAGAUGAGAUUUUUGCAGCUUCUCUUCGUUCAAUUAUGCUGACCUAUUUUUAGGUAAUAUCUGUGCUGGGAUUGCCCUUUUGUUAAUUGCCUGAUAUCACAAAGUGUAAGAUUGGAAAUGUUAUAUAGGUAUUUGUUUUUCAAUAUUCAAGAGGGCACGGGUAAAGAAAAUCAAAUUGCAUCGCUGAUCUUGCACCUUCACUUUUUACUGAAGGGAAUUGGGGUAGCCCAGUGGUUGAAGCGUUCACUCAUCAUGCUGGAGACCCGGGUUCGAUUCCCCACAUGGGUACAAUGUGUGAAACCCAUUUCUGGUGUCCCCCGCCAAGAUAUUGCUACAAGCAGCAUAAAAUCCCACUCGCUCACUCACUACUUUUCAUUCACAUUCACCAGAUAUCAAACAAAGCAGGGCAGGUGCACCCGAUUACGUGGAGUUGUUGGCUUCUAUGUAGACGUACCAGCAAGUGUGGUAGCCUUGUGGUUAAAGGGGUUGCUUGUCAUGCUUAAGACACGGGUUCAAUUCCAUUCCCCACAUGGGUGCAAUGUGUGAAGCCCAUUGUUUGUGUGCUUGUCAUGGUAUUGCUGGAAUAUUGUUAAAAGAGGCAUAAAACCAUACUCUUUCAUUUUCCUCUUGAAGGAACUGUUCACGCAAAGUAGGAAAGCACACAGACACACAUACACCACACACACCACGCCACACCACACCACACCACAGAAGUAGGAGCUGGGGAGAUGGUCUUUGGCCCUAUUCCCAGUCCACUUCUACUUUUGUUUGAACCAAGGAACAUUAUCACUGUCAGUCUAAGUAGGUAUUUCUUCCCAGACUUGAAAAGACUUGAAAUGCUUUCAACCUGGGCACUGCCUUGAAUAGAAUACAGAAAAUGUAACUCUCAUUUGUGACGAAAGGUCUUCUACCUCACUCUAAAAUUUUGCAGAUGUAAUGUUUCCGAUACCUGGUGGUGUGUUGCAGACAGUGCCCCCUUGCAAGAUCAACAUCUCCUCAUUCCUGCUUUCUGUGAACAGUACUUUAGGAAGAACAACGUACAUUUUGCAUGAACCUUUAUCUGUGGCAUACUUUAUCAACAAGUUUAGUAUAUCAACAGAGAGACACGGGUGCUAGGUUCUGUUUUAUAGUUCGUGCUUGUUGCUCAGUGGCCAUGCUCACAUAUUUCCAUUAUUCUCCAACUCUGAGAAAAUAGGACUAAACAUAGUCAUCAGAUUAAGUAACUUUUUCUUAAUUACUUCUCCUUUUUAUUUCUGCAUCUUUCUGGUAUAGAAGAGCAAUAACUACUGAAGUCCUUAUUUUCUCAGAUUCACAUUUUCCAUACAUUUUCAGGGAUAUCUGUGUCUACCAUGUGUUAUUUUGUUGUUAAGAUCAGUUGUGUGAGUCUUGCUUUUAAAUUGUGUGAAAUUGGCAUGCAAGGAACAAAUUCUUAGUUUAAGAGAAAAGAUACCUUUGCAAAAAUAUUUAUAACAUCUUUUUAUUUACAAAUGUGAAUGUGUAUUUUGUUCUUUAAGAUGCAUGCCUUUUACAUUGUUUCCUAGUUUGGUCAUAUCAGGCAUUUAAUGAUAGCUUCGUCUUCAUGGGUAUUCAUAGUGGUUAUAUUGGAUCUUUGAUACAGUCAACUCUUGAGUAGACCUGGCUUGGGGAAAUAAGUAGAGAAUAACCGACGGGUUAAGAGGAAUUACGGAUACUCCGAUCCAAGUGAAUGAAUGGUGUUAAAUUAACCUCCUCCUUUGGCCAGCCACUUACAGCAAUCAUUCUCGAGGGACAGAUAAUCCGUAAUUUCAAAUUUUGAGUAGGUUCUGUAUAUUCCUCAUUGACAUUUUAAGUGAAAAUGAAGAAAAUACAUAAAAUGUCAACCCUACAGAGAGUUCACUGAAGAGAGUCUAUUGUUCAGAUAACGCCAUGUAAACAAUUUGUGAUGUCAUGAACAAUGGAUGAACGAUGAAGCAGAGUGAAGUCAUAUCUUCAAUUGACCAAUCAGCACUGACAAUCACUAAAAAGCAUGUACCAAUAUCGGAGGGUUUUUUAACACAAUCAUUCUACCCUUCUGGGUAAUAUGAGGUAAUUAGGAACUUUUAUAGUCCUGCUAUGUUUGUUGGUGACUGAACUGUCUAGAUCUUGUCUGAAUAAUAUGUAUCAGUAUGAGCAAUGGUAAAAAGUACUACUGGUAAUUGAUUAGGGAGGGAAGAAGGGAGGGAAGAAGGGAAGGGUCACCAGAAAUAGUCACAGUUGGGUGUGUGUGUGAAAAGUAUUUUUUCACUGAAAAAUACUCGGAUAAUAUAUAUAUGCAUUAGGCCAUGGCUGUUUUUCAUUACUUCAAAAUUUGUUUUAUUUGAAAGCACAUCUUGCCCUGUGUAUUGGCAGAUAUAUCAGAAAUGUUGAUUCUCAACUCGAUCCAAUAUGUUUUCUUUUGAUUCUUUAAAGUAAAAUAGUUCAUUGACAUAGAAAUGAAUUCUUUUUCAGUUGAUUUAACUUGUGUAAUAUAUUUUAUUUUAUUUUCUGUUAUGGAUAAAUGUUCAAUGAAUCUGUCUUUGCUUGAGAUAUUUUUGGUCAAAACCUGAAAUAAUCAAAUCCUGAUUCUAUGUAAGGUGUCUGAGGGCAGUGUGACAAAACCAAAACAGCACUUCUUGCAACUAUUGCAAGAGUUUCAAAAUAAAUUAAUGUUUAAGUUCCCUGGUUAGCAUAUCUGCUCAUUGGUUUAAGUUUUUUUUAUAUCUUCCAAAUAAUUAACUAUGGAAAGGAUAUACAUCCCAAUACAAGCCUUGUACAGCUAUGAGCUCUACUGUCAAGUUGGUAUUUAAAGUUCUGUAUUGCCACAGACUGUAAUUCUUUUUCAGCUGACUAACACCCAUAUACAGAGAGGAGGGUAAAUGUAUAUAUUGUACCUAUUCAGCCAAAUCUAAGUUUCCUCACAAUAAGUGUUUCUGUUUAAUACCAAAUAUCACAGGAGGUUGGUGUGGUCUUGGUGUGGAAUCUGUCCUGAAGAGAUUGUGGGCCGAUGUUUCUGUAGGUGUUAUGCCUAUUGUGUGCUGGCAUCUGUGAUUUCAGCCUGUAGCUUCUGCCUUUUGUACAGAGAAGAGAGACACGUACUCCAUCAUAUAGAAUAUAAAUACAAACACUUAAUAAAACAUGAAACAAA